GCGCCUGUUAGGGCCACAGUCCCGCCGGACACUCCGGACAAUGACCUUGGACAGCAAACUAAUGGAGGGUAUUGACGUGGAGGGACAGGGGGACAGCAGUGAAGAUGUGAAAAACUCUGUUUUUUCAGUGAGUGAUUCGAGUAAUCCAGUCUUUGAGCAAAGCGCUUCAUCCUUAGCUCCUGAGGUGCGGGAGGAGGGAGACUUUAAGGUCCGGCCACAGGAUGGUCCAGGCAGGAGAACCGCCUCGGUGAAGCCCCCGUACUCUUACAUCGCUCUCAUCACCAUGGCCAUCCUCCAGAGCCCGAAGAAGAGACUCACCCUCAGUGAGAUCUGUGAUUUUAUCAGCCAGCGCUUUGCGUAUUAUCGGGAGAAGUUCCCUGCGUGGCAAAACUCCAUCCGGCACAACUUGUCUCUAAAUGAUUGCUUUGUCAAAAUGCCUCGGGAGCCUGGGAACCCCGGGAAGGGGAACUAUUGGACUCUGGACCCCAUGUCGGCCGAUAUGUUUGAAAACGGGAGCUUUCUUCGGAGGAGGAAGCGCUUCAAGAGGCAACAUUUUUAUUUGGGAGCGCUUAAGGACUCCGGGGCGAAGGAGUGCAGCCUGGUGCCCGUCUUACCUCUCAUCGGAGCGCACAGGAUGAGUUCUUGUCUCCGGGGUCCCGAUUUGUACCACGACCUGGGCUUAAGAAGUCGACUAGGUCCCCACACCAGUCCCAGCAUCCCACCUGUAAGCAGCAUCAUACCUGCUCUCUCCUCCCUCCUCUCCAAGAGUUUCCCCUCGUGUCUAACCUUUGAACACUUGGACCAGGCACGCCGCGCUGCGGUCCCGUCUCUGGCUCCAGACUGCUCGUACAUGUCUCCUGUCUCACUGCACGGAAUGAUGCCCAACUACCCUUCUCAGCUGUCCAAUUUCCCCACUGGGGUUAUAAAAGUUUCGUCUAAUUUAAUUUAAUCCACGUCUAUCUUGAAAGGAAUAUUCUUCCUCUCAGCCUAAUAAUAAACCCACGGUGCAUAAUGUAGGCUACAAACACAUUUUUUAAUGAUGGCCUGUAAGCUUGCAGACAGGCCAUCAUAUUUAGCUCUUUGUUUCUGAAUAACUAAUAUUGUACAGUUCUUAAAGAUGUUUGCAAUAAAAAAUUUUAUAUGAAUUUACAGUCUGUGCAAUUUUAAUUAAAUAAAUAAAAAUAAAUAGA